AGAGUACCAGAAAAUGAUCUAUAUCAAUUUAUCAGGCCUGGGGAACCUUUUUUCCUAUGGAGACAAGUUGGGGUAUUUUUUUACUAUGUAACCAAUGCAAUGGGCAUCAUUCUACUCCUGGUAAUAAACACAGUAUAUGAGAAGGAAAUAGGGGCAAAAGUCUGGAUCACAACAGCUUUGCUAGAAAUCGGAACUGGCUAUUACAUCCCUCCAAAUGACUUCCAGUACCUCCAUGGUUCUCUAUCCUUUGCAAUUCAGACCGGAAUAAGGAGCAGCAAAGGUGACAACUAUAAAUCGCCGUCCAAUCUUGUGGAUUCUUUGGAUGAAGCGUUUCAGUGUUCAUAUUCAAAGCAUUUGUUGUCCGUGAAAGGCAGGAAAAGAUGCAAAGAGGAGGAGAAACUGGAGCCAUUAUCCCAAUGGGAGCCUGAGAGAGUCCUGUUUCUAGACAGCUAUGGCACUUACAUCAAUGUUCACGCUGUGGCUCAGGCCUUGCAUGUUUCGCUUUCAUCAAGAUCCCAGAGGAGGCUGAUGGUGGAGGAAGGAGAGCAAUGGGGACCCCAAAGGCUACAGCCGUGGCAGCUUCACCCUUUCUUGAGAGAAAUCCAGUGUCUGAAUACUUCCAGAGGCAGGCUGUGCUUGGAUGAGAACUGGGAGCUGCCAGGAGACUUCGAUAUUAUAAACUGGGUGAUGUCUCCCAAUAAGUCUCGUGACCUUGUGAAAAUUGGAAAUAUAAGGAGAGAGACGUCUGCUAGCAUAAAGUUCACCAUUAACCCAGAAGCUAUUGAGUGGCCCAAGAAAUUCAACUAGGCCGUACCUCAUUCCAGGUGUACAGAAAGCUGUCGACCUGGAUAUG